CGGCAGGAAGUUGAAUUUCGCUGACGGGAGAAUUUAUCUUCUAUUCUCAGUGUUGUUCGAGAAUCUGUGCUUGCCCUUAGUGUGCUGUUGUUUUUGAGUCAUCAUGGCGGUCGUCAUCCGUUUACAGGGACUGAGAGUCACAGCGGGUACUGAGGAUAUUCGCAGGUUCUUCACUGGCCUCAAAAUUCCAGACGGAGGGGUGCAUAUCAUUGGUGGGGAUCGAGAGGAAGCUUUCAUUAUCUUUGCCUCAGAUGAGGAUGCAAGAAGAGCCAUGACGAGGUCAGGGGGCGUAAUUAAAGGCGCGCCUGUCAUGUUACUACUGAGCAGUAAAACAGAAAUGCAGGCGGUGCUUGAGAGAAGCACAAGAAAUGCGGAGCUGGAACAAAAGAGGCGAAUUGAGGAAAACACGAGAAGUGCUCGAAGGUCUGCGGACCCCGAUGUGGGCCGGAGAUCAGGUAGCAGAUCGAGGAUUACUCCUCCACCCCAUCACCAGAGGGCUCCACACACAGAUGACUUCACGUGCUUGUUUCUAAAAGGACUGCCUUUUACUGUGACUGAAAAGGAGAUUGGUGACUUUUUCGGUGGUUUACGCGUUGUUGAAAUUGUCAUAUUGAAAAAUCGAGACGGCUCAAACAAUGGGAAUGGUCUCAUCAAAUUUGCGACAAGAGAGGACUCGGCGGAAGGCUUGAAGAGGGAUAGGCAAUACAUUGGCUCGAGGUAUAUUGAGAUCUCCCCAACAACGGUGAAUGAUUGGUGUCGGGCUACUGGUAGACCGCCAAUGGCUGUCAACAGGAACGAGAACUUUGAAAGAGGGAGAUCACCCCUUCGCAGUCAGAGGACUCCACCACAUCGUGUAAGGUCACGAUCACCUUUGGCCAAGAGGCAUAUGGCUCCCUCAGACGAUGAGUACUGUGUCAUGUUGGAGAAUCUGUCCUUUGCAGUGGGAAAAGGAGAUAUAAAACAGCUCUUUCAAAAUGCAAAGCUAGAGGACGACCAGAUCCUGCACUUAAAUGAGAGCGAUGGGAAAAGAAGUAGAUCUGCGUUUGUGUUGUUCAAGAGCCAGCGUGACUAUUGUGAGGCUUUAAGUUUUGAAAAAAGAGAGUUUUUCAAUCGAUUGGUUUACACCCGUCCGAUCUCAAGGGAGAACAUGAUCACCAUCCUGGAGUCUCAGACUGUGGCUGUCCAACCUCCAGGAAACUCUGAAAGGUUUCAGGAAAGGCCUCCGCAUUUCCCCAGCGCUCCUUAUGACUCUGAAAAGUCCUGCGUGUUUAUGCAGAGCCUGCCAUUUGAUGUACGAAAAGUUGAAAUCAUGGAUUUCUUCCACGGGUUUACCGUCAUGGAGGUGUGCGUGCUGCACGACCAUAAAGGCGCCGGGGUUGGGAAGGCUUUGGUUCUGUUUGGGUCUGAGGUGGAGGCUAUGAGGGCACUCUCUCUCAAUGGACGACGGUUUCUGGGGUCGGAAAUCAUGCUGAAGUGCAUUUCACGUUCUCAGAUGCAGCAGUUGAGCGCCGAGCCACCGGUGGUGCAGGAGCAACAGCCAAGAGAGGAGCGGUACUCUGGGAGGAGAAGCGAGACGUCCUUCCCCCCCGGUGACACUUUGUUCUCUGACUUUAGGAACCCUCAUGAUCCUAAUAUGCCAGUAACUGAUGCACAGGGUUCCUUCCAUGGAGGCUUCGAUUAUGAACCUCAUGCCGACCCUUUUCCUCCUGAGGACAGGGGUAAUGGAGUUCGUGGUAGCUUGGGCUCCCCAGUGAAGCAUUUUGAUGGUCCCACCUGCGUGCAGUUAAUGAACUUGCCAUUCCAAAUCAGAAGCGAGGAAAUCUACGAUUUUUGUUACGGAUACCACAUCAUACCCGGGUCUGUGUCACUGCAGUAUGAGCCGAGUGGAAGACCUAAAGGCUCGGCCACUUUGGUGUUCGAGUCCCGUCAGGAGGCGUUAACGGCAAUCAGGGAGCUAAGCGGGAGACCAAUAGGUCCUAGAAAAAUAGUGCUACAGCUCGUGUGAAAGUGACUUUGCAUUUUCGUGGCACCCAAUGUGCCCCGACAGUGUGCUGUGGACAUAUACAGUGUUGACCGAGACAUAACUGCCUUUCCAGUCAUCCUUUUUUACUUUUAUUUACAUUAGCUUGGCUUUAUGAUUAUGAGUAAAGUUGAAUUUAUAUCUUAAAGUGCAUUUUUCUUUAUGGUGAUUAGGCCGCGUGUUGACUACAUCUAGGGUUUGUUUGGAGUAGUUGAGGUUUGGUUUGCUUACUGGAAUGUUUUUUGUUAAUAUCCCGUCUGUAACUGGAAACACUGUAGGAAAUGUAAAUAUAUUUGUUGCACAGCAUUUCUGUUUGUAAUAAAAAUACUUGGAUGUGACUUGAAA